AUGUCAUCGGACACAUCAUACUCCUUCUCGACGGAUUCCUCUCGCCGAAGAUCAACGUUCUAUGUUCCUUUGACACCAUGCCAAUCCUCGUCAACUGCAGGGAUCGAAAGUAAAGAUCAUAAUGUGGCAAAUUCCUGUGCUACGAAGCAGUCGACGCGUUCAAGAACGGCAUCAGUGGACAACAGCAAACACGAUUCCAUGGAGCGUAUUUACAAUCCCGAUCUCAGUGCAUGCAGUUUCGGCUGGAGUUUGGAUGAAUCAUCAUGUCAUGAUAGUUCGGAGGUGCUGGCUGUUGCAAAUAGUGAACACGAGAACAAACUGAAGCGCUACGGCGUGGUAUUAAACGCGAGUGUUAACAUUGACGACGAUGGAACAAAGUGUCAUCAGCAGCAACGAUCUAACACGUCUACUCCGAUCCGUUUGGUGAAAUCACGCAGUCGCAGCAGUAUUUUGUGCCAGCUUCCUAGAGAAAAACUAGCGCUAGGACCGAAAGGAGCCAGUAGCGGCAUCAUUUGUGAAACGAGCAAAAAGGAAUGCACGAUUGACGAACCGUUGCUAUCAGCAAAAGAAAAGUCGAAAACGUUACCGCAAAAUGUUUCCCUCGCUAACUCCUUUCCAUCCAAGAGCUCGUUCAUAAUGCAUUCGACUCCGCGUAUUUCGCUCAACUGCUCCUUUGAUGCGAACGACUGUGGUAGUGUUGUAGGACUCACGCCCGAACCACCGGCACCAGUGACGAAUUAUAUGCUUAGUCCUAAAAAAUCGUUAAGCUUCAUUCGGCGAACGCACUCUACUAAACUGUCACGUAGUAAUUCACUACUGAAAAGUUUGACCUCAAAAUGCGUCGAUCAGAACGCCUGCCAUACAAAUCUACUGCGGGUACCAGUAAAAGAUUUAAACUAUGGUCGCUUGCAUCAGAUUCUUGAAAAUCCUUCAAAAGUCGAUCAGUUUAUUAAAGAUCUUUUUCUUUGGUGUAAGGAUGAGAAAGAUGAAGAAAGUGCAGUUCAUUCAGAUACCUCAUAUGAAAAGGCUUGCCGUCGAGGAUCAGCCCCAAAUACGCCAGUGAUGGAUCAGAAAGAAUCGACGUCACGGUUUACCAAUUUUUUCUCAAAGAGGUCAUUUCGUUCGAUUCCUCUGAAAAGAACCAAAUCGGCUACUAAACUGGAGCGCUCAAAGCGAGGGCAAGGCGGUAUCCGAGGAUCGCGAUCACACGAAAGCCUGCUCUCGAAUCAUGGAGUGAUGUCUACAAUCGAUCUAUCAUGCGUUGGCGUGAUCGAAGUGGUCCCUGUCCAUUCAUCUGUGCUAGGUAGACGGAACUGCUUUCAAGUACGUGGAAUUUCACGUGGAGAGCGGUAUUACAGUUGUGGAACGCGUCAGGAACGUGACCUGUGGAUAUACAGUUUGCGAAAGUCUGUAGCUCCCAACAAAGACAGCGUACGGCGGUUGGACAAUUCCAUGAAAAUGUGGAUAUAUGAAGCGAAAUCACUGCAGCCAAAGAAACGCUAUUUUUGUGAAAUUUACCUCGACAAAACAUUGUAUGGUAGAACUUCGGUGAAACUGCGCGCGGAUCUACUGUUUUGGGGUGAAUUUUUCGACUUUCCUGAUGUUCCGGGAGUGAGCGUCAUUACAGUGAAUGUGUUUCGUGAAGCCGACAAAAAGAAGAAACGCGACAAACAUGUGCUUGUGGGAUCAGUCACCAUUCCCAUCGAAAAAGUUGUAUCACGGACGUUUACGGAAGAUUGGUACCAAAUCAUGAUGGAAAAGCAUGACCACGUAAUCAAAAGCACAUCCAAAGAAGCUGCACCGACACUUCGAAUCAAGUGUCGAUAUCAAUCGAUUGAUAUUUUACCAUUGGACGUGUAUCACGAGUUCCUGAAUUACUUGAAGGAAAACUAUAAAAAAGUAUGCGAGAUCAUCGAACCAAUAAUUGGAGUUAAAGCUAAGGAAGACAUCGGUCAGGCAUUGGUAUUGUUAAUGCACUCGCAAGGAAUGGCAGCAGCCUUUCUGUCGGAUGUUGUUGCGUUAGAUUUGCUGCGAGUUGACGAUCAGCGAUUGACGUUUCGUGGCAAUUCGCUAGCUACGAAAAGUAUGGAAGCAUUUCUAAAGCUAAUCGGUGAGCAGUACUUGCAGGAUACGUUGUCGAUACCGGUUGCGGAAAUUAUCGCGUCCGAUCGUGACUGUGAAGUAGAUCCAACCAAGGUGCACGGGUCUCUUUCACGACAGCAGCAAGCACUUCGAAAAGCAGUAAAAUCUGUAUGGAUCGCCAUCGCGGAGAGCAAUAGAAAUUUUCCUGUUCCUCUGCGAGAUUGUUUUUCAACGUUUCGUGAAAGGCUGCAAGAUUUAGAUCGCGACGAUAUGGCUGAUAAUUUAAUAAGUGCCUCCAUAUUUCUACGUUUUCUUUGUCCUGCCAUAUUAUCGCCGAGCUUAUUUAACAUCACCAAUGAACUACCGUCAGCGCGUGCAACACGAAAUCUGACACUUGUUGCAAAAACAUUACAAACGUUGGCCAACUUUACUCGCUUCCAGGGAAAGGAAAAUUUUAUGGAGUUCCUGAAUGAUUUUCUAGAGCAAGAGGCGCCUCGUAUGAAACAAUUUCUAUACGAUAUUUCUAACAACGACUGCCACACGCCGGAUAAUGUUCUCGAUUGGUCUGGAUGCAUUGAUCAGGGCAAACAAUUGUCAAUUCUGCACAGCUUGCUUUCCGAAAUAGUACUAAAGCUACCACAAGAAAAACAACACGAAAUACACCCUCUGGCUGAAAUAUUGGAGUCGAUUGCAAAAAUUAAGGAAAACGGCUACAGUAAUGUUGCGCAAGAACCAGAACGUGGCGUUCAAUCACAGUUUUCUCAAUAUAACUCGCCAGCAGCUGUCGAAAAUGAGGCGAAUUCUAAAAUAUCGCCCAAUCGAAGUGAUUCAAUACAAGGUAUCAAUAUUUUUAAUUACAAUGAUCCAACCGUGGAUUUACAACGCCAAGCAUCUAAAUAUAAGAGUUCGUCAAACAGUUCUCUGAAUCACACGAAAGGUAUUUCCAAUAUUUCUCUAGUCUCUAAUUCAAUGCAACAUAGUAGUGGUUCGAUCAAACAUAUCGUCAGUCCUAGGACGGUUGACAAAUUUCACCACAAUCAGUAUGGCAGCUCGGGUAUCAAUACUGGUGGCAGUUUGCGCUCGUAUAUGUCAACUGGCCCUUCAGCGUACGGUAUUAUAUCGAAUAUAUCAACUAAUAGCCUACGAAGCGAGAAAGAGAAAAACGUUAUCGUAAAGGGAGACACUCGGGCGAGCACAUUGCCUCGCUACAAUAACUACACGACGAAUGUAGCAGUAGGGGAAAAUAUCCUAGUGAACGGCAGUCAAGUAGUAGAAUUUGAUUGUGACGUAGAGCGAAAUUCGGCAUUCAAUGAUGUGAGCAAAAAUCUCAUUCAAAUCGACAUUGAUCCUAGCAAUCCUUUUAAUCGAAAAAGUCCUACACCGUUGACAAAAAAUCUGUCGAACCAUCUACAUAACAUCAGCAGCAGACGCAACAAUGGUUCCCAGCUCAGUAUAGUCAGCCCCGCUUCUGACCUUGGUGAUCUUAGCAAAACUGCCAUUAGUUUAGGCAUACCGCAUUCUGAGGCGAGCCAGGAUCAGCAGUACACUCCAUGUGCCAACACUUCAAUACCGCUUAAAAUAUCAAACAUCGCGAAAAUAUCUCCAUUUGCUUCCACCCAGCCAUCGUCGUCUAAUCCAUCAAAAAUGCCAAUGAGUCUAGAAGACCUGGAAGAUCUGCUAAACUAUGCGGAUGAGCAGAAACAAUCGGCUUCCGGUGAAGGCGCGUCUAGUCGCAGUGCAAGCAGUAGUGGUGGUUGCGAAUCUGCUACCACAAACACGAAACCGCAACUUGUUUGCAUCGGAAGUAAUUUUACAAUCGGGCAAAUUUCAAACAUUUGCAGUUCGGGUUACCAAAGCAUCCCAACGCAGUCGGCAAGCUCUAGCCCAGUGGAAUUGGCUGGUCAACAGCGUAUAGAAUACGUUACUAAUAAAGCUCCGCCACCGCGAAAGCUCGUAACCACGCUGAGUGGAUACAAUGCAGCAAGUGGUCUUAACAUGUGCUUGAACGAGCAUGCGUCCAAAACGGAGCUAAUGGGAAACAGUAUUAACGCGCAACUGUACAAACAGAGAGACCCAAGUACUGUAACAAGCAUCAUUAAAGAUUGUGAAAACGAUCACGAUCGAGAAGCAUCUUUUCAACAAAAAAGUAUUAGCCGAAUUUUAAACAACAAUUAUGUUGAUAGUAGUACCUACGAUGCCAUACCACCAUAUAAAAUUUCCCUAUCCUCCAACCAACCGCGGAACCUUGGACAUAGCACAGCGAAGGGAAAUACACGCAUUUCUGCUGAAGACAAUAUCGAAUAUUUUGGAGCAAAUCGUUUACAACAACAAUACCGACAGAAACGAAACAUACACAAUCUUAAUGUAAUGCGCAACAGCAGAGAUAGUGUGCACAGCGAAUCAAGCAGUGAUGAACGAUUCAGUAACACUACAUCUGAGAAUUAUAACGAGCAUGAUUCAUUAACUGCUAUAAAUUCGACGACAACGAACCGCAUCGUUGAAAAUAUUAACAACAGCAAUGAUUACGAUACGAGCGCAGCAGGAUUGUGCGGACGUCGGAUAGGAAGCAAUCGUAUGCCUCGAACCAAUCCUCUCUUGCAGUAUAAAAGAGAUGAUUCGAUGAAUGGGUUGAAUCACGGACACAUAGGUGUCAAUAACAGUCUGGCACCAUUUGCGAAUGGAAGAAUCGACCUCGAUCAAGGAAUGCAGACCCGUUAUCAUCGGCGACUUUCAUUGGAAUGCGCACGCACUUUAUCGGACAGCUCAACAGACGAAACAGAGAGUGACACAACGAAAGCGGCCAAUUCAAAUCAUCACAUGCAACAUCAUCAUACUACCUGCUCUACAACUCAUCACAUGAAUUUACGAGAUGUAGAAACUAAAAAACGCCGAAAUGCAAACAAAUCGGUUGAACAAUGCGAAAGGGAAAUACAGCGCCUGCAAGCAUCACUGGACACAAUGCGCCAAAAAUUGGAAAUGUCAGAACUAACGGGAGAAGAUAAAGAUAAAACGGAAGCUGUGACACAUCACAGCGAUAAUAAGAUUCGUAGUAUAAUAGGAAGGUUACUGACAAUGGAAGAAGAACUCAGACAAGAGCAGUACAAAAUGUCACUGGUGUUGUCGCACAAACAACGCGUGAUCGAAGCUCAAGGACAACAAAUUGCAGCGCUAGAUGCCGCUAAUAAUCGGUUGCUGUCUGCACUAUCGAGUCUACAAAAUCGUUACGAAAGUCAUUCGAAUCAAAGUGAUGAUACCUCUUCAUCGCACCCUAAUGCUGGUGCGUCUUCUUGUUAAGCGUAAAUGACGGUGUAUAUGGGUU